AUGUGUGAUAAGUGGUGGGGGAUGAGUAAUUUUGAUUGGGCUGUGAGGGAGUCAGAAGGCAGAUCAGGUGGAAUACUAUCGGUCUGGAACAAGGAUAAGUUUGUGGCAACUAGUAAAUGGAACGUGACGGGGGCUGUUAUUGUUAAUGGGAUUUGGCUACAAGGAGGCCUGCAUUGUUGUUUUGUUAAUGUGUAUGCGCCCAUGGGAACCACCGAAAAGGAAUCUUUGUGGGAUACAUUACAGCUUAUUGCUCUUCAAAACAAAGACUCGUGCCUGUGUUCUCUUGGCGACUUCAACGCAGUGCGUGAUUCAGGAGAAAGGGUGGGGAAAGGUGCUGUCUUUAAUCAAGCAGAUGCAAGGUCUUUUGACGCUUUUAUUAGGCAAAGUAAUCUGCUGGAAAUCAGAACACAGGGAAGAAAGUUUACGUGGUAUCAACCUGGUGGAGGAUGCAAGAGCAAACUAGACAGAUUUAUGGUCAACGAGAAAUGGAUGCAGGAAUGGCCAGACACAGUCGGAAGGGGGCUUCAGAGAUCAGUGUCGGACCAUUAUCUUAAGGAUGAACUUCAGGAGCUGGACAUUUUUGAUGACACCUUUGGUCUUGAGGAGAGUGAGACAAUCAGGAGAAAUGAAUUACGAGCAAAGAUUUUCCUUAAAUCCAAAGAAAAAUGGCUUGAAGUUGGGGGUUGCUGGAUCGAGGAUCCAAAGAUCAUUAAGGAGAACGUCAAAACGUUCUUCGAGAAUCACUUCAAGAAGACGCCGCGCGUCCUACCUAUGAUACCGGGAGAUUUCACUGCUCGGAAAAUUUCUGCAGCAAAUAAUGCGGAGCUGAUCAAACCUUUUUCAGAAUCAGAAAUUAAAGAGGCCAUUUGGAGCUGUGACGGUGACAAGAGCCCGGGACCGGAUGGCUUUAACCUCAAGUUCUGGAAAGCGUCAUGGGAUAUUAUCAAGAAAGAUUUUUUAAAGGUUUUGGCGAAUAGGAUGAAACAGGUCAUGGAUUCAGUUAUUUCGGAUAAUCAGAGUGCCUUCAUUGGCGGCCGUUACAUCCUAGAUGGGGUGGUGGUUCUAAAUGAAGCAAUCGCGGAGGCUUCUAAGAAGAGAAAGGGGAGGAUUAUCUUCAAGGUGGAUUUCGCGAAAGCCUAUGACUCCGUUGAGUGGGAUUUCUUGGAUUUAAUGCUUGAAAGAAUGGAUUUUGAGCCAUUAUGGAGGAAAUGGAUCCGAGCGGAGGGGCUCCACUCUUUGAUUACGAGAGCUGUUGAGAAGGAGCUGAUUAAGCCGGUAAAGGUAGGAAAUGAUGACAUUUCAAUUCCGCACCUCCAAUACGCCGAUGACACGGUCUUCUUGAUGGAGGAUGAUGAAAGAAAUGCAGUGGCAGUUAAAAUGAUUCUCAGAGUGUUCCAGCUACUAUCAGGGCUUGCCGUCAAUUUCAAAAAAUGCUGUCUCUUCGGAGUUGGGGUCGAGGAGGAUACGAUCGAGAGGAUGGAGGCUGUUUUGGGUUGUGAUGUGGGCUCCUUACCUUUCAAUUACCUCGGUAUUAAAGUGGGCAGCAAGGGCAAAAAGGUUGCUGAUUGGAAAUACUUGGUUGAGAAGGAAAAUCAAACACAAUAG